UUGUCUCUUUUAUGGACAUCAAACAUGGACGGUAUCCAAACCUUUCUGAAAUUCCUUAUGAAUAGGAAAACUGCCAUUGGUUACAGUUUUAUGGCUCUACUGACAGUGGGAAGCGAACGUUUAUUUUCUCUCGUUGCUUUCAAGUGUCCCUGCAGCAAUGAAAACUUCAUCUAUGGUUUGGUAUUUCUCUUUGCCCCAGCCUGGGUGUUGCUAGUUAUUGGGUAUUUCAUGAAUAGCAGGAUGUGGAAACUUUUCACAGGCUGCUGUCUGAAUCCCAGGAAAAUAUUCCCCAAAGGCAACAGCUGCCGUUUCUUUUAUGUCUUUGGACAAAUCACCUUAAAUGUUCUGAUAGCUCCUGUGAUGUGGCUUUCUGUGGCUUUGCUCAAUGGAACUUUUUAUGAAUGUGCCAUGAGUGGCUUGAAAUAUCCAGGGUACUUAAACACGCUCUGCAAUAACAAAUCUAUCAGGUGCUGGGAAGAGCUGAACAAAGUAGCUUGUGGCAAAACCACCAUGUCCUCUUCAGAGAGUGAGGAGUUAAAACUGACACUUCAAGCACAGUCUCAGGUUCUAGGAUGGUGCAUCAUAGUCACUACAGCUCUUUUGUCUCUGUUAACCACCUGUUGUGCCAGGUGUCAAUCUAAAAUCAGCCACCUCCAAAUGAAGUUCUGGAGGAUCUACAUAGAGAAGGAGAGAGAACAAUUGGAACAACUUUUCCAGAUAUAUGCUACCAAACUCAGUGAACGAAACCUGACGAGCUUUUUUGAGAACAAAGAACCGGACGCCUUUCCCAUGCCAACCUUCCGGGCCUGGGAAGAUGCUUCUCAACUCUACUCUUUCAACAGCAGUGAGCAGCACUACAGCACCCUUCAUAGACUGGUCGAAGAUGGCAAGAAAGACAUCAGUGAGGAAAGAGAGACAAUGCUGGACUUUGUAGAUGGGCAGGAAAUAGUAUAGCUAAUGUUCAGCCUUUAUAAAUAUUUUGCUAAUGUGAUUUAAUUUUAACAGUUUUAAUCUUUAUAUUUAUAAAUAUAGUGGCCUCUCUUUCUCCAUUCUUUCUUUCUCUCCCAAUCAGUGGCAUGCCAUCUAUGAGUGCAAUGCACACAUUGCAUCCCCAACCGGCUGUGCGUCAUUCAACUGGCAGCCCAAAUCCAACCUGUGGGAUGAUUCCAGUCCAGCCCCAAAAUGGCAUCCUCUGCACAGCUUGACCUUGCACAUACCAUAUAUGUGCGGUCAUGCUGCAUGGAGUAUGCCAUUUUGGACUGCCUAUGGCAUGCAAAUGAGUUGUUGCAUCAUGCCAUACUAAAACUGUCAUGGCACACCAUCAUUACCAACUAUAUGCUUGCUCAAGAAAGGUGGAAAGAAAGUUCUUCUGUGCUUCAGACUCCUAAUCCAAACCUCACUGGAGUCAAUGGGAAUCUUUCAAUUGACUUCAGUGGGCUUUGGAUCAGGCCCCAACACUAUAAAGAAAUCAGCAUAGAUUUUGAUUAGAUGAUUUGUUCAAUGUCAACAAAUACAAUAGUUCUUUGUAUACAACACAUAGCAUGCCAUAUCAUUUCAAUAAAGAAAAUAUCAUAAGUUGGUUAUUUAAUUUAAAUAAUGCAUUGU